CGGAAGUGCCGGCGGGGUAUGGCGGCGGUCGUGCGGUGGUUGGGGCUGCGGGCCGCGGGGCCGGGGGCGGUGAGCGCGGCGCGGGGACAUGUCGGGUGGGCUGGGGGGCCCGCGCCCCGGCUUGGCCGAGCUCAGCCGUUGCCUCCGUCUCCGAAGGCCCCGCCCCGCGCGGUGAGGAGGAGCGUCCUUGCGGUCCCCCUAAGGCCAGGUUUGGCCUGGAGGCCAAGCCGGUGUGGCAGUUCUGCAGCCGAGGCACCUGCCACAAAAGCACAGCACGACUCCGUCUUCCAGUGGUUCCUGCUUCUCAUUCCUGUGACUGCCUUUGGCCUGGGGACAUGGCAGGUCCAGCGUCGAAAGUGGAAGCUGAAGCUGAUAGCAGAGCUGGAGUCUAGAGUUGCGGCUGAGCCCAUCCCCCUGCCAGCAGACCCAAUGGAACUGAAGAAUCUGGAGUACAGGCCAGUGAAGGUCAGAGGGCACUUCGACCACUCCAAGGAGCUGUACAUGAUGCCUCGGACCAUGGUGGACCCUGCCCGGGAGGCCCAAGAGGCUGGCCGUCUCUCUUCCUCACCGGAGAGUGGUGCCUACGUCAUCACCCCCUUCCACUGCACUGACCUGGGAAUCACCAUCCUGGUAAAUAGAGGGUUUGUCCCCAGGAAGAAGGUGAAUCCUGAUACACGGCAGAAAGGCCAGAUCAAGGGAGAAGUAGACCUAGUUGGGAUGGUGAGGCUGGCAGAAACUAGGAAGCCCUUUGUCCCGGAGAACAAUCCCGAAAGGAACCACUGGCAUUACCGGGACCUGGAGGCCAUGGCCAGGCUCACAGGCGCAGACCCCAUCUUCAUCGAUGCAGACUUCCGGAGCACAGUCCCCGGGGGACCCAUUGGAGGGCAAACCCGAGUCACUCUGAGGAAUGAGCACAUGCAGUACAUAGUUACCUGGUAUGGACUCUGUGCAGCUACAGCCUACCUGUGGUUUAAGAAAUUCCUACGUCGGAGUCCUGGUGUGUGAGAUUAGCUAACGAGCGGAAGGACCACGAUAAAUCCGGAGGCUGUUUUUAUAUGGGAUCGGGUACUACUGAUAUGAAUAAAUCUUACACACCUGUUGCCGUC